AUGGCACGGUUUCUUGGCCUUCGAGGCCGUCGUCUGCACUAUGUAGCACUCCUUGGUAUGGUUAUGCCUGCAAUGAUGUCAAUGGGUUAUAAUCAAGGAUUACUAGGGGGUGUUCUCACCCUGCCCUGGUUCAAGGCCCAGUUUCCUGAAAUCGACGUGACCAGCGCUCACCCUUCAGAGAAAGACUAUAAAUCGACAUUGCAGGGUACAGUGGUGGCCUUGUACGCAGCUGGUGGUUUCUUAGGAGCCAUCACCUGCAUUGGGCUGGGCGAUAUCCUCGGACGCCGGCGAACUAUCAUACUCGCUUCAGUGGUGCAAAUGAUCGGGGCUUUGCUCAUGGCUAGCUCCUUUCAGUUUGCUCAGCUCGUGGUGUCACGAGUUAUCCUAGGUUUGGGAACAGGCGGCCAACUAGCCACUGUGCCUAUGUGGCAAUCAGAGAUAUCACCAGCCACCAAGCGUGGUGCACAUGUUGGGACCAUGGGAAUCUUCGUCGGUAUGGGACUUACGCUGGCAUUACUCGUCGAUCUCGGGAUGUCAUAUGCUCCUAACAGUGCAAGCUGGCGUCUUCCAGUUGGACUGCCUAUCAUACUUUGCCUGAUUGUGCUUGUAAUUACUUAUCAUAUGCCCGAGUCUCCCCGUUGGCUGAUCCAGCAGGGUCAAGUCUCUGCUGCGCGUGAGGUAUUGGCAGUGUUAAGGGACACUGAAAUUGACAGCGAGGUGCUCAAGAAGGAAAUACUGGAUGUGGAGGCCUCGUUAGCUAUUGCUGGUAAGGGGUCUCUGCGCCAAAUUUCCCAGAUGGGAUCUCAAAGGAUCUUUCAUCGUGCAUCUCUUGCGGGAGGAGGAUUGGUGUUGUUACAAUUGACAGGUGUCAACUCUAUCACGUUUUACAGUACGACGAUUUUCGAAACCCACCUUCACCUUGACUCGACAACGUCAAGAAUUUUGGCAGCAAUUUAUCAGCUUUCUGGUGUCUUCGGUGGCAUUGUCUGCGUGUUCACUAUAGAGGGAUUUGGUCGUCGUUCCUUAUUAUUGUCAAGUGCGACGGCCAACACAAUCGCCAUGGCCCUCGUGGCUGCACUUAGUUCUCAGACGACAAACAGCAUUGCCAUGCACGCAGCGGUAGUCUUCAUGUUCAUCUUCCACUUCAGCAUGAUUGUCGGGUUUGGCGGGAUACCAUUCCUCUAUGCAUCCGAGGUGGCACCUCUCAGUUUGCGUACCACCAUCAAUGGUAUCAGCUCUGGCAUAUAUUGGGCUCUGAGUGUUUUGGUCGCUGAGGUCACCCCAAUCGCCUUUAAUGGUAUUGGAUGGAAAUACUUUCUCAUAUUUGCUUGUCUAAACUUUGUGAUGAUACCGAUUGUCUAUCUGUUUUUCCCGGAAACUGCAGGCAUCUCGCUGGAAGAUAUAGAUCAGGUGUUUAUUAUGUCAAAGGGCUGGUUAGACCCCGUUCGUGUGGCCAGGCAGUUGCCAAAUAAAUCAAAUGGUCGUCAACCACAAGGCGAUCGGCCUUUGGAGAAGAAAGACGAUGGAGAGCCGAAGGUUUGA